CCCACCUGCAGGCAUUUACCUGCAAACAUAGACGUCUUCUUCCACAUACUUGGUAACACUAGGUGGUUGUUUCCACCUACCUGGAAACACUAGGUAUCUCCUGCGACCUGUCGUCGGACUUGAGAAUAACAACUUCAAAGCCAACUCCAGGUAAACCUAGACUCCUAGGUACAUCCACCACCUACCUGAGACAAUAACCAUCCCCUGGGACCAUUAUCUAUAUCUGGGGUCUCUACCUGUACUUGUAUCCACUAAUUACACUUGCGCCUACUACCUGCACCUGAUCAGUCCACUGUUUACUCGUUGAAAAUGGUAAUUAAUGUUUUCAGCAAAUAAUUUGUAACUUUAAGCAAGUAUUGUAUAACUUGAAAUAAAUAAUGCAUAUACUUUUAAAUAAUGUAUAACUUAAAGGAGGUAAUGACUGACUUAAACCAAAAAAUUUAUAAGGAGGCAAAUAAUGUAUAACCAAAUAUUUGUAACAAACCAAAUAUGUAUAACUUAAACUAAGUCGUGUUUAUUUAAUCGUGAAUAUUUAAUCAUUCACUAUUUUUGCUAAGAAUAGUGUAUAACUUAAACUAAAUAUGUAUAACUUAUGCCAAAUAGGCAUAAUUUCAACUAAAUAUGUAUACCUUGAAGCAAGGAAUAUACAACCUGACGCAAAUUAUAUACACCGUCUAUAAAGUAAAGUAUCGCUGGAAACCAACUGAAAAGUUUUCAUCAAAGAAACAGUCCAACACUAACUGCCGAGUUUACCUUCCCCGGAGAAGAGUGAAUGCAAAGAAAGAGGAACAUGUUAUUGUGAUUUUUUACAGUAGUAGUAAGUCACAGUCGUAGUCUAAGUAGCAGUUGUAGCAAGUAUCAGUAGUAGUAAUAGUUGAAGUAGUCGCAACAGUCUCAGAAUUAAUGAUUGUCUCAGUGGUAGUAAUAGCGGAAGUAGUAACAAUAAUCAAAGUAGCAGUGGUAGAAUUACAAUGGUGGUAAAGUAGCAGAAGUAGUCAUAUUAGUAGUAACACAUCAGUAGUUAUAGUAUUAUACAAAGUAGUAGUAAUUAUAAUAGUACUAGUAGUAGAAUAAAUCGUAUUUACUAUAGAAUCAAACUUUACCUAUAACCAAAAUGAAGAGCUUCAUCAUUUUUUAAAAUACAGCUUGUUAUACCCAAAUAGAAGUAGAUAUAAUUGUGGCUGUAUUUGUAGUAAUAUUAGUUGUAGUAAGAUUAGUUGUAUAAUUAUUUGUCGUAGAAACAUUAAAUGUAGCAAUGAAGACGUGCGCAUCAUUCCAAUAACUUUCCGACAGCUGAUAAUUUUCCCACCAAUUAAUCAACAGAUUUUUACCCAAAUCCUUAUAUAUCGUGUGAAUACUCUCAAAUGCCUCUAAGCUCUAACCACAAUUUCACAGAGGCGCACUUCCAAAUAACAUAAACGACAAUAAUAGCUGGAACUUUAAAAAUUAUGCCUCGUGGUAUUCAUUCACUCCGAAUUCAUUGAUACUGACACUGUUUGCUGCUUCUCAGCCAAGUUGUGACCCAAUUUUGUGUUUCUUCCGAUGCUGUGCCCUCCAGCCUUAAUCGCCUUUCAUGGGUAACUGUGUCGUAGGCCUUGUUGAGGUUCAGUUAUACAACACUGUAUUUGUUAUUGUUGUCAACAGCCUCGAAUAUACUUGAAUAAAGAAAGUAAAUUGGUGGGACGGGAAGGACUACAUGUCAGUCGUGUGUUGGAUGUCUCCUAUCAACCUGUAAUUUUCUACAUGAUUUUCAUAUAAGCUGCCAUUAUUGCUUCUAAGAGCUUUCCCAAGUUCAAUAUCAAUCUUAUAGUUGCAGCAAGAACUCUUUCUUCCUUUCUCUUGAAUAUUGGGAUUACAUUAGUAACCCUCCAGGCUACAUAUAUCAUGCCAGUUCCGAUUUAUUUUUGUAAUAUACUCGUUUGAGGCUCGCUAAGUUCCUACUUGCAUUCUUUAAGGACUCUACUGAAUACAUCGUCAGAAGAGGGAAAUUUUCUUGGCUUAAGCCUGUCAAUCUCUUUAAGUAAAUCCAUCUUUUAUCUGUAAUUUACAUAGUUUGUUUACCUCAAUGUUUUGGUUGAUUGCUUCAAUAUAGAAUAAAUGUUGAAGGUCUUUGUUUGUGAAGACCGAUUUCAAUUAGUAUAUUGACAAUUUCCUCCCCGAUAUAUAUUAGUGGAUAGUUCACUGGAUACUGUUUUCAGUGGUUUUGUCCUUCGCUCAAUCUUCCCACGUAGUUGCUCUAAGAUUCAUCGUCACGUAAAUUUCCACCUUAACGGCCUAAGACCUCUCUUUUUUUCUGAUUUCUUAAUUGACCUGUUUCUUUAAUUUAUCGUAUCGAUCUGUCGUGUUGGGUUCUUCUGUUUUCUGUUUUGUCAGACACAAGACGAAGAAGGGGUAAAUAUGGUUAGUGAGAUGAUAUUUACAUUUGUUUAUGUUACUAUAAAGGACACUCAGUUAUUAGUUUCAUGAAAUUAUUGUUGGUAUGUUUGAUGCCUCACCAUUCUUGCAACUGUGUAAGUAUGAUAACCGUUGGAAUAUAAGUUUUGCCUCUAAGGCAUCUGCAGCAGUAGUGGACGCUUCAUCGACAGUGCUCAGCUGGUCACCGUCAGCUGAACAGCGUCUUCGGCACGACCAAGCGGAUGCUGCCGGUGUCUCUCACAAUUUUGCAGUCAUCGGGAGAACAAAUCCUUCAUGCAAACUGCACCUACUAUCAAGAAGAAGAAGAUCCUAGAUUUAGGCAUGGUAGAUGAUACAGAAAGCAGUACAAUGUCUGUCACAAAUCCUUUUACUGUGGCAGCAUUAAGACCACAAGUCAGUAGAAUAAAUAUGCCUGGAAGAUCGACCCCAGCCAACAUACUAGCAGAUUCGUUCUUGGCUCCUGAAAACUAUCUUUACUUACCAGAUGUACCAAGAAUAACUCCGGACAAUAAUGAUGAAGGUCUCCAGACACUAGCAAUUUUAGCUAAAGAGAUCCUUCAUCGUGAAUAUUUGAAAAUAAACUCAGCUCUCCAGAAAAAAUGUGAAUAUAUGAAGCGAAGUUUAAAUAUUGAGGACCUAAAUUAUCUGAAGCCUUCAAACAAGAAAGGAAAAGGAGAAAAUUACUGCAGGAUUAUUGAAAUCAAUCAAACACAACGUUCAAACUUAUCAGAAGCCCUUCUGCCUGCUUCUCUUUCACCUCCACACAUUCAAAGUUCUGACUUCUCAACUAGUGUACCAACAUAUACUCAAACAUAUUUACCAGCUGCAGAACAAACACCAAAAUCAUUGAAUUCUGUACUUGCUGCAGAACUGGAGGAAAUUUAUGAUUCUCAAGCAAGCAUUUCUGAUUGGCAAAAAAGAAGAAAAAAUAGUGAGAUUAAAUGGGGAGAACGUAGGUCAAUGUUGUUUAGCUGGACAUUGUCGAAGUUGGGAGUUCCAGAUAAAGGCAAAUGUUGUGUACAAUGUAGAAGUUGUGAGGCAAGCAUAAAAUGUGAAGACUGCUUUCAAUUUUGUGUGUCAUAAAUGUGAUCAGCAGCAGCAUUUUGUAAUGCCUUUCCACCAGCGAUUCUGCUGAAAAAAUGGGUUCUUCGAGCCUUUAGACCCAACACAAACUGUGUGUUCAGAUGGGAAUGUCAUUCACUGGAAGCCUGUUGUACCAGCACAUCCACCUAAUUCCUGCCCGAACUGCAGUGAGAGCAAGUUCACAACUUUAAGCUCCAAUAAUUUGUGCAUCUUUGUAACUUUAAGUGGUAGGUUACUUUAAGAAACAUUUUUUUGAUACUAGUAUUGGUAGCUGGCAUUGCUCAGGUGACCCAGGCUACAGUCUUCAUCAAUAUAACCAUUUAUACUUCACUCUCUUUACCACUGUAUCUUCACUUAUGAAGACGUAUUUAUAUCACAUACGUAUUUAUAACCAUACAGAGAAUUGUUUAUGGGUUGGUUUACACAUAUAUUGAUAGCCACACUUGAAUCCCUUGCCAAAUAAAAUUGUUUUACUUCAA